AUGAUUUACAAUAACCGUGCCCAAAAUAGUGCGUCGAAGUCGGUCGCCGAUGAUUAUGUCAUGAACCAGCCCCCGGCAAGCCACGCGAUUUCACAGUCAUUCCUUUCGGUCUUUGCGCUCGUUGACGUCCGAACGGAUAUGUUGCCGACCAACAAACUCGUUGAGGAUGCCCUCAGCGAGAACAAAGUCGUAGUGUUUUCAAAGACGUACUGUCCCUAUUGCACCAAGGCUAAAAGGCUGCUGGAUUUUCUUAAUGUUGAAUAUGAAUCUUUUGAGUUGGAUGAGCGACUUGAUGGCCAAGCUAUUCAGAAUUAUCUAAAAGAAAAGACUAGGCAGCGCACAGUUCCCAAUAUCUUUAUCAAUGGACAGCAUCUUGGCGGAAGUGACAAACUUCAUGAGGCUCACGCUAGCGGUAAACUGCAGCUCCUUCUUGCACCAAUAUCAUCAUCUCUGUAACAUAACAGUCAUUAAGAUAUCAUCAUCUGUAUCAUAGAUUGGAAUAAUCAUGUUGCGCCAUGGCUCUAUCGAAGCACGGA